AUGGAUACAGGCGCUCUCAAGAAGGCGCAACCUGAGACAAUCCGUAUAUUGGUCUGGCUACUUUCUUUCCUCGGUUUCGGAUAUGCUACUGCUGAGUUCGAGGUUACCUCGGAGAGACUUGGGGUUUACAGACCGGAGGAGCAUAUCGACAACCCAAAGGAUUAUAACGACAACGAAGAUGCCAGGAAGUAUGACGCUCGUCUUCGUGGUCCAGUUCGUGAUGUCGAGCUCCAAAUCGACAUGCAAACCGGCAUGAAGAACUACAUCGCCAAUGGCAACGGUGACUGGGCCACUUCGGCUGCAUUUGUCAAAUUCAGUUUUGAGCGAAGCAUUCAUCAUGGAAGACUUUACACCAAUGGAAGCGGCUUCUUCAAGGGUAAAGAUGAAGACCUUGCCGAAGCAUUGCGAUGCCUUGGCCAAGGGUUGCACACACUGGAAGAUUUUGGCGCUCACACAAACUACGUCGAGCUUGUGUUGAGAGACCUGGGUUUCCACAACGUCUUCCCACAUGUGGGUGUGGCCACAGGUAUCAAUCUCCGCGGAAAGCAGACGUUCCCCCUAGUCACUGGUACUUUCGGAAUGGUCGACUUUUAUCACUCGGUGCUAGGCGAGGCCACAGACCAUUUCACACAAAGUGAAAUCAACGAAAUGGACAACGCUCUAGGAACUGCCCAACAAGCAGCCUCAUCCUCAAAUCCGCUGACUACGCUGGUCAAAUUGCUUUCCAAGGUUCCGGGUACCAAAGACCUCUGCGAUGAAGCCGAGCGUCUUCAAUCUACAUCUCAAGCGCAAGCUCGGGCUAAUGAGCAAGGAGGGUUUGGAGGUGGUAGCCGUGGCAUCGAUGACAAUUAUGGCGGAAGCACACGCGGAGCUGAUGACUGGCAAAAUACACGCGCCUCAAACGCAGGCUUCCCUCAAUCGCAAGGUCAUGAUCAAUGGGCUGGACAGCAGCAACAGCAACAAAAUUGGGGCCACUCUCAAGAUCAGUGGCAAGGACACAGUCAACAACAAAACUACAACUCACAGAAUCAAUUCCCCGGAGCACAACACAAUUGGAAUCAACCUGCACAGCAAGACUGGCAGCAUCAACAACAGCAACAGCAAAACUGGCAGCAGACUCAAUCCCAGCAGCAGAGUGGGCAUCAACAGGGCGGUCAACAACAGCAGUUCACAGCUCCUUCCGGACUGGAGGGAAUGCCCAACUUUGAUCCUGCAAAAACCGUCGCUCAGAUCUACCCCAUUCUCGUGUUCCGCGAUAAAGUGGUACGAACCAUCAGUUCAAUCAUCGAGAAGAUUCCGGGGCUCGAAGCACUAGUAGACCGGAUUACCGAGACUCUCACAGUCUUCAUCCUGUCUCUUUUGGCACCCUUUGUACGACCGGUGAUCAACGCAAUUUCAAAGACCUUGCAGACUGGAAGCGAGGGUGUGAUCAAUUCAUCAGGCAAGCAUCAGUAUGAGGUCUGGACCGAUCCUCAUUGCUCGGACCCCACGCAUUCCAUGCUCAGUAAAGAUCACUUCAGCAACUUGCUCAACGAGCCAGCAGGCAGUGUCGCAGCUGAGAUCUUGAAGUACAUCGCACCAAGAGUUCUCUAUGCGUGGGAACACCCCGAUGUUCCUGUCCAGCAAGUCCUGCAGGACGUGGAGAGUAUUUUCCACCAUCCUUCUCUCCGUAACGAGAGGAACGAAGCGCAUCGAAACAUGUACAAUGCUGUGAAGCAGUGGGUCGACUCCAGAUCGGACCGCGGUAGGGGUCUCGAAGCCGUUCUGAGCUCUGAAGCCGUCCGUGAGGGUAAAAAUCACAAGGGAGGUGUCAACGAACAUGCUCACGUCCAACACCACGCGGCUCCUGCUCAGCAUCAGUCCAACACCAGCGGUCUUGGUGCCUUUACAAGUUUCAUUCCAGGCCAGCAUGGCGGUGGCGGUGGAGGUCAUCAAUCUAACUCUGGCGCUUUUGGAGCUCUUUCCAGCUUCAUUCCGGGCCAGCAUGGCGGCGGCGGCGGAGGUCAUCAGUCCGGCUCUGGUGGUCUCGGGGCCUUCACGAGUUUCCUUCCUGGACAGGGUGGGAGCGGCCACUCAGGCCAGAAUAGCAACCCACUAGGCGCGGUCGGAAACAUGAUUGGAAGCUUCACGGGUGGAGGCGGCCAUCAAGGCGGAUCGCAACAUCACGGUGGUGGUGGUGGCGGCGGCGGAUUUGGAGACGUUCUCAAUCUCGCCGGCAAGCUCCCCAUUCCCGGUGCCUCGAAUCUCAGCAAGUACGGCAAGAUGAUGGGCAGCUUUGGCGGCGGAGGCGGCAAGCGUGGACUCGACGACAACGACACAGGAGGCUAUGGGGGGAGUGAACUGGGUGGAGCCAGAGAGUUACACGAGGCCGCUGCUCACGGCAGUCAAUACGGUAGCGGACUUGAACCUGGUGCUCCUCCAGCGAGAUCACCUUCCCCAAUGCCCAUGCAACCCCCAGCGGGCUAUGAACAAUAUGGUCAAGGAGUCGGCACCUAUGGACAGGAAGGACAGAAUUAUCAGUAUCAGACGUCCUACCAGGAUCCUUACCAGAGUCAAGGUCAGGGUCAAGGUCAGUACGACAGUAAUGCCGGUGCGGGAUAUGGAGGGCAGAACCAGAACUACUACCGCUGA